UUUUAAAUAUCAAUGGAGACAGAUACUUUAUAUAAAGAUUUCAAGCUUGUGACACUCAAGGGAUCACCGUCAUAUCAGACGAAUAAUCUUUCAACAAAUGGAGAUUAUUUUGUGUAUGCAUACAAUGGUGACCCAAUGUCCAAGCUCUUCCUCUUCGAUCAUACGGUACUCAAACAAACAAAGAAGGACGAGACUGUGAAUAGCUUCCAACUUUAUAAAGAAUUCGACUACAUUGUCAACACUAAUUAUGUCAAGAAAGAAGAUAAAUGGAACCUAGUCGUCUGCUGAUACAAGAGCUGUCAGAUCUGGAACUAUAAUGGAAGCAGGCUACAAGAAAAGCUAGAAGCUCCUGAAUCAGACGAGGGAUCUCCUUAUGCCUUCACUUGUUCUUCAAGAGCUGCCUCAGAUAAUGGCAUUGAAUACAUUGCUAUUGGAACUAAUAAAGGAGAAAUCUUUUUCAAUAAGGAAAAAGGAAGUACCCAAUCAGUAUUUCAGAUGCAUGACAAUAAUCCAAUUACUCACAUGACCUUUGAUGAGAGAUCAAAAGUGUUAGCUGUAGGCAAUUCCAAUGGAUAUGUUGUCCUGUUCAAGGCAGAAGAAAGUGAUGAUAAAGUGAAGCUAAAUCCGAUUUCUCAUCUAGAACCACCAAAUGAGAUCCCCCUAACUUCCUUAGGAACCCUCUUCAGGGGAGAAAAUCUGCUAGUCUCCUGCUUCUGUAACGGCACUGUUAAGAUUCAUACAUUUGAAGGCGCCCAGGUUUGUGAAAUAGGAGCUCACUCAAGGAACAUCAACGCAGUGUGUUGACACCCAUCCAAAAGUAUCUUCUGAACAGUAGGAGAUGACUGAUUCCUUAAUGUUUGGGAAGUCAUUGGCGAUACCACAGAUAAGAUCGAGGUAGAUCUCAGACUAUCAUCUAAAAUUACAGACCUCAUGCUUGUUGGUGUUCACUUUUCAGGUGAAGAUAAUAGUUCCAUCGUAGCAGUCCCCUAUGAUUACCCAAAUCUUAUUCUUUGCGAAAAUGUAAUCUAA